AUGACAAACAGUUCAACAACUUCAACUGAGAAAUUAUUAUCAGCAUGUGGUGGUGCACUAGUGACCUCUAUUAUGGUCACACCUAUGGAUGUUGUAAAAAUGAGAAUGCAGACACAAACCAUAUCACCCAAGGCAGUGUGCUGUUUGACAUUGAAUAACUGUCUUUAUUCCAUCAAACAUGGUAUUCAAUACAACAGAAUCACUCGGAGUGGAGCAUUGUCAACUUUAUAUGAAUGCAAUUCUGCAGUCACUACUAACAUGAACAGUACUGCAUUCAAGGGUACUUUUGAUGGACUUUACAAAAUAUUCAAAUAUGAAGGUCCUACUGCCUUAUGGAAAGGAUUGUCACCUGCUAUGCUCAUGUCUGUCCCUGCAAAUGUAAUCUAUUUUGUAGGCUAUGAUUACUUGAAAGAAGCUAUUCAGCCUUCCAUGUCAACCUACAAAGAUUAUUCGCCUUUAGUUGCUGGUGCAUUUGCUCGAACCAUUGCAGUAACUAUGAUCUCUCCUAUUGAACUGUUUAGAACGAGACUUCAGGCUACUACUGGUGUUCAUGAUUUUGGAUACGUAUUGGACGGUGUAAAAAAGAUGGUGGCACAAGGCGGCUUAAAGGCUUUAUGGAGAGGUCUGCCCCCUACUCUAUGGCGAGAUGUUCCAUUUUCAGCUAUCUACUGGAUGGGUUAUGAAGAAUGCAAGCGUCAUUUUGAACUCAAUUAUGAUUUUGGUGAAUUAAAUGUUGCUUUUCUUUCUGGUGCUUUGUCUGGCAUGUUUGCAGCUGCCAUUACAACACCCUUUGAUGUAGCAAAGACAAGAAGACAAGUUGAUGCUGGAAAAGACAAAUCCACCUUAGUAGACUCCAAAGUACCUGGUAUCCUUAAACAAAUCUAUACCGAAGAAGGAUUCCGAGGUCUGUUUAGAGGCAUUACUCCUAGAAUGGCCAAGAUUGGACCUUCUUGUGCAAUCAUGAUUAGUAGUUAUGAAAUGGGCAAGGUUUUCUUUUCAGAACAACAUUAG